CGAAGUUCUCUUGGGAUUACCAUAUGCUGAGUCCAUUGACAUGUGGUCUUUGGGAUGUAUUGUAGGAGAAUUAUUCUUGGGUUUACCGUUGUUCCCCGGAACGUCGGAGUAUAACCAGGUUUGGAAAAUCGUGGAUAUGUUGGGACCAAUUCCACGGCACAUGAUCGAGGUUGGGAAAAAUUCAAUGAACUUCUUUAAGAAGAAAGACAAUGGGCCUGACACUAAACCCACUUAUGAAAUGAAAACAUACGAAGAAUACCUUGACUUCUUGAAGCAACAUGAAAAGGAAGAAAAGUACAAGAAGGAAGAAAAGAACAAGAAUUACUUUAAGCAGAGGUCCUUGAAAGAUAUCAUCAUGCACUACAAAUUGCCUUCCAAGAAGAUGACGAAUUCCAUGGUUGAGAAGGAGUGUGAAGAGAGACUUUUACUCGUGGACUUUUUAACUAAGGUGCUCAACAUGAACCCAUUGGAAAGAUUGAGUCCACAAGAAGCAUUGAAACACCCGUUUGUCAAGAAUGUCGAAUUACUGAAUGCUUUCAAUACCACCGGUAACAAUCAAACCCACAAUACCAGGUUCCAACAUGGUAAUCACUUUAACGAAGCAUAACUAAUAUAACUAUAAUCUCUUUGAUUGGUAGUGUAAGUGCCCACAAAACCAACUUCGCGAAAAAUAUUUCACUUGAUAAAAAUACACUAACGCUCUUUCAAAGCUUUAUACCAAUAUCGUACCAAAAGCCGGUAGUGAAAGAUGAAUGUUAGUACCAGUGCGUUCGGCGUAAGAAGAAGAAAACCUACGUCACAAGUAGAUGAUGAGGAAAAUGCUGCGACGUUGAAGUUGGGUCAAGAGUUUCAGCUACACCAAUUGACCAACAGUGGAGAAACUGAACAAUUAAUUGCUUUGAAUACAUCGGAAGCACGGCUCUUGAUAAGAGCCGCCUUAAAGGAAAGAAAAAACAAGGGGAAACGGCCAAUGGACAUCGAAGAUGAUGAUGAUGAAAAUGGUAAAGAAGACGAGAUAUCUAAUCUAGAUUUGGCCGGUCCUAACUCUAAUGAAAUUAUCCAAAAGACGUUGAACUAUUUGGCUACUUUCGGUAGGUUCAAGAACUCUUCGUCAACAGAAACUGUGGAAAAGCUUUUGGCAGACUUUGGUUCCUCUGCUUCAGAUCCUUUACAUCCUUUUGAAAUUGCUCAACUAGGAACUUUGGAAUGUGAUGACUCGGAGGAAGCCAAGUCCUUGAUCCCAAGCUUGACCAACAAAGUGACCGACACCCAGUUACAGAAUUUGCUUAAUGAAUUAAGAAAAUACCAAACAUUGUCAUAACCUUCCACCAAUAAAAUCCGUACAUAAACGACUCAAAAACAAAUAUUUGUAAAAUAACUAGAAGAACCAGACUAAUAAAUGAUAAAGCAUUGGGACCAUGGCGGCGAACUUUAUAGUGUCUUAAUAGUUGUCUCUUAACUUAGUGUACUGUUUCUGGCUCAGUUCCU